UCCGUCAUGCUGCUCGCGAUAGUGCUGUUGGGGUUCGUCGUGCUGUUCGCGACGCUGCUGAUGGAGUCCGCCAUGCCGCUCGCGAUCGCGUUGCUGGCGUCCGCGGUGCUGCUCGAGAUGCAGCCGCAGGGGUCCGCCAUGCUGCUCACGGUCGUGACGCUGUGGUCCGUCGCGCUGAUUUCGAUGGCGCUGAUUGCGCCCAUGAUGCGCGCGCUGGUGCUACUGGAGUCCGUCCUGCACCUCGCAGUCGCGCCGCUGGCGUCACCCGCCCCGCUGCUCGCGGUCGCGCAGCUGGAAUCCGACGUGCAGCCCCGGACGCCGCGGCCGGAAGCCGUCAUGCUGCUCAAGAUCUCGCUGCUGGAAUCGGCGGCGCUGCGCCCGGACGCGCCGCUGAGGUGCGAGGCGCCGUUCGCGAUGGCGCUGCUGGCGUUCGUCGCGCUGCUCACGGUCGCGAUGCUGAAGUCCGUCCUACAGCUCACGGUAGUGCUGCUGGAGUCCGUCGCGCAGCGCGCGAUCGGGCUGCUGGGUUUCGUCGGGCUGCUCACAGUUCUGCGGCUGGAGUCCGUCAUACUGCGCGCGGCCGCGCUGCUGGAGUCCGCCGCGCUACUCACUAUGGUGCUCCUGCUGCUGGAAUCCACCAUGCCGCUCGCUAUCGCGCUGCUGGGGUCCGUCGUGCCGCUCGCGACGCUGCCGCCUGAGUCCGUUGUUGCGCUCGCGAUCGCGCUGCUGGAGUCUGUCGAGCAGCUCGCGAUGGUGUUGCUGGCGCCCGUGAUGCUGCUCGCGAGGAGGCUGCUGGAGCUCGUCCUGCUGCGCGCGCACGCGCUGCCGGGGCCCGUCGCGCUGCUCGUGAACGCGCCGCUGGAGUCUGUCGCGCUGCUGGAAUCUGUCGUGGCGAUCACGCACCCGCUGGAGACGGUCACGCUGCCCCCUGUCACGCUGCUGGAUACCGUCGUGCUGCGCGCGAUGGAGCAGCUGAAC